AUGUCCAAAGAAAUAGCUUUGAAGGUCGACAAGGUCCUAAAUGAGUUCGGCAGAUCUCCCCUACACGGGACCAGACUCGCCAACCCACCGACCCUCGAUGCGCGCCCGGAGAUCGUGCUGGCAAUGGUUAUAGACGCUCUAAUCAAAGCACGACCUAUCUCGCACGAGCUGACGCAAAAGACAAUCAAAACGCUGAUUGAAGCCGAUUAUCAUGACAUCGAUGUUCUUUCCAACAGCACGUGGGAUGAUCGAACGAUGGUCUUGGAAGACGGAGGGUACAACAGAUAUCGGGAACAGUGCGCUACGAAUCUCGAUGGAGAUUUGAAUAAUCUCCUCAAGCAGGCGAACGGAAAACCCGAGAAAGUCAAACUGUUGUUGAAAGAAGUGAAGGGCAUUGGCGAUUUGGCAGCGGAGGUCUUUUUGAACAAUGUUCAGAGCGUAUGGCCAAGCAUUGCUCCCUUUAUCGAUUCACGGAGCUUGAAGGCCGCGGACGAGAUUGGGAUUGGGACAAACUUGAAUCAAAUCUACAAGAUUCUGGAUCAAGACCCCGUGCGGAUGAGUUGGUUUGCCAAUGGUCUGUCGGAGGUUCGACUGGAGAAAAGGCAGGACGUCAUUGAGGAAGUGUGA